CCGGUGUGAGGUUUGGUUGCGCCGGAAACAGCGGUGUUGGCGACGUCUGGAUCUUUGGCCGUGGAUCGUGUUGCGGGUUGGGAACCGCUUUUUCUUCGCACGCCUCGGGGCUCGUUUCCACUCCACAUCUGUGGGCGGCAGCCAUGGCUUCAGGAACUGGAUUGAUCUACAGUGAACAAAUGAUGAGCUAUCAUCUGCUGUGGGAUUUCCCAGCUUGCAGCAUUGAAAUACCAGAACGACUUUCUGCUCCAUUUGACAAACUAAAACAGUAUGGUCUUGUGGAAAGAUGCAUCCAAUUACCAGUUCGAGAAGCCAUUGAAGAGGAAAUUAUAUUGGUUCACAGCUUGGAAUAUUUGAAAGCUGUGAAAUCAACUGCAUCUAUGAAUGUUGAAGAAUUGAAGAGCUUCUCAUACAAAUAUGAUGAUGUAUAUUUUCACCCUAAUUCAUAUCACUGUGCCACAUUAUCUGUGGGAGCAACUCUUCAACUUGUUGACGCAGUCAUGUCCGGCAGAGUAAGAAAUGGGAUGGCACUGGUCAGACCUCCAGGACACCACAGCCAGAAGAAUGAUGCCUGUGGAUAUUGCAUCUUUAAUAAUGUAGCAAUUGCAGCCAAGUAUGCAAAACAAAGACAUGGAACAAAAAGGAUUCUGAUAGUUGAUUGGGAUGUGCAUCACGGCCAAGGAACUCAGUACAUAUUUGAGAAGGACUCAAGUGUUCUGUACUUCUCAUGGCAUCGCUAUGAACACCAGCAGUUUUGGCCUAAUUUAAAGGACUCUGACUACGAUGCAAUUGGAAAAGGCAAAGGUGCAGGAUUCACCAUAAAUCUUCCAUGGAACAAGGUGGGAAUGGGAAAUGCUGAUUAUUUGGCAGCUUUCCUCUCCAUUUUACUUCCUAUGGCUUAUGAGUUUAAUCCAGAAUUAAUUCUGGUAUCAGCUGGAUUUGAUUCCGUUGUUGGUGAUCCUGAGGGUGAAAUGUGUGCUACACCUGAAUGCUUUGCUCAUCUAACUCAGUUACUGAUGCCAUUAGCCAAUGGAAAACUGUGUGUUGUGUUAGAGGGAGGAUACAACUUACGUUCCCUUUCUGAAUCUGUCUGCAUGACUAUCCGAGCAUUAUUAGGGGACCCUGUGCCUCCAUUGGUUGGCCAGAUGGCACCAUGCAUAAGUGCUGUGGAAACAAUUCAAAAUGUAACAGCUGUACAUCAGCCAUACUGGAAAUGUUUGAAGUAUCACGAAGGUAUCAUUAUUAAAGACCCAAGACUCAAGAAAUUGAACUGCUGUACUGAAGAGCAUAAUUUUGAAUUGGAUAUCACAACUACAGAGAAAGAAAUUACAAUGCUUUCCAAAGAGAAGCAAGAUUUUGAUGAAUUCAUGGAUUCCCACAUGAAGAAAGUUCUUGUGUUAACUCCCUCUGUAAGAACUGCAUGGGCUGGUGAUGAAGUGAAGUCGGCAAAGUUGGACCAAUGCCUUAAAGUAGAAGCAAAGAAAACAUUCUCCUCAGCUGGCAUUCUGCUCAGUGCUGGUGAUACUGCAGAACUGGAGAACAAAAUUAUUUUACCGUCGUUGGGGUAUAUCUUUCCGCUCAUUGAUAAAAUAGUCAAGAGAGAGGUUCGAAAUGGCAUUGUGGUAGCCCCUUCAUUAUCAUCUAGUGUUGUGGCAGCACAGUAUAGCAUUACUGUUGGAUCAAGCAGAGUUUUGCUUCUGGUGCUUGGAGAUGCUGAGAUUCCGGAUGAUGUUAAAGCUGAUGAAAAAAUCCUAGUGGUGAACAUAUGUGGGAAACAGAAGGAGAAGGGGAGAAACAAUUACUUUAUCCCAAUUUGCUGGAAAGAGGGUAAUGAAUGUGAUGGGGACCUUCUUCAUGCAACAUUUGAGUUAAUUUUACCUGUGGCAUACGAACACAGGCCUGAACUGGUGAUUUUUGCCUUGGGAGAUAAUACUGGCAUUCAAGCAGUUACACUAGCUCACUUGACACAUUUACUCCAGUUGCUUGCUGAAGGUCGAAUCCUUGUAAUGACCCAGGCCUCUGAUCUUGUGGAGACUUUGACAAGUUCCUUGCUAGGCGAUCCGUUACCUUCAAUAAGAUCUAUUGUUUUAAAUCAAGAAAAUUCAUUUGUGUUGAUGAAACUUACACAAGAACUGAACCAGCAUUGGAAAUUACUUCCGAAGAGUGUGCAUUAAACAGUUGACUGUUUUGAAAUUGCACAUGGAAAAAAAACAUGGAAUAUGCAGAUUCAAGAUUCUGGAAACCAUCGACAUUGAUAUUUUGACAUCAUAUUUUUGAUGGAGAUUGUUAAUUGGUAGUAGGUCUUUAAAGAUAAAUUGAUAUGCAAAAGUAAUUACCUUAAUCUGUACUGUGCCUAAUGUUAAAUUAUCACAUUCGGGGCCAUGACCUAUAGAACUAUUCUGGUGAUUGUGUGCUCUUCCGCAAUAUUAAUCAAUUCCUCAUGAAGAUGAAGUAACAAACACUAAGUUAAUCAACUGAUUAGACAGAAUAUAUAUAGAAUCAUUGUUGGAGUGUAUUUUAGACCUAAAAUAGGUUUAGUCUAAUGUAUUUCAUUAAUUUAUAUUCGUAGUAGUGAUCAGGUAUAGUUUUUGAUUGGAUAUGCAAUACUAUUUGCAUGAAGAAGGGAACAAAUGCAUUAUCAGGGAAUCAUAAUGUUCAGAGCUAUGGAAUUACCUGCUGCUUUUAUGCAUCAUAAAACUGGAAGAACAGGACUACAGAGGGUCCAUUUUUAUAUUGAAAUAUGCAAAGUUACCAUAUAUUAAUUUUCUUUUAAAAUCUAUUCACUGCCUGUUAUGACUGAGACCACUCAUGUUUAUGAUUUUGUAUGACCAUAAUUUCUCCCUGAAUCAUACUGUCAGAUCAAUUAACUAGUUUGAGUUUAUUUUACUGUCACAUGUACCGAAGUACAGUGAAAAGCUUUUGUUGCAUACUAACCAGUCAAUGGAAAUACAUGAUUUCAAUUGAGCCAUCAUCUAAUUGCUGCUAUCAUGAUCUUGCUGUAUGCAAGCUAGUUACCCCAUUCUACUGUGCACAACAGUUGUAACUAGACUUGCUGUGAAGUUUUUCAAAAUUUCCUCAACAAAUAAAGUUACUGUAUAA